GGAUGGUGGCGGGGAUGGUGGCGGAUAUGGUGGCGGAUGUGGUGGCGGAUGUGGACAGCACGAGACCGCCGACGCCGACAUCGGCACCCGUAAUACCCGUGGCAGAGGCGGAGGUGGAGGGGGUGGCACCGGUUGUUCCCCAGAUGCCGGCGGCGGCGGCGACGGUGGAGGUUGACGUUAUGGGGGAGGUUGUGGUGGAUGAGUCAUCGCCGCCCGCCAACCCGCCGCGAGUCGCCACGCCACCGCGCACGCCGCCCCGCACCGCCACACCGCCGCAAGCCACCAGCUCGCCGCAGGUCUCCACACCGCCGGGGGCCCGCACCCCGCCACGGGCGGCCUCGACAUCCCGCGACAGCAGCAGCACGCCCACAGCACGGCAAAUCAGCAGCCUAGUGACCCACGCAAUCAGCAGUCCUUUACCCACGCUCCCCACGCCCCCGGUCUUCACCUCCCCCACAAUCAGCAUCCAACUCUCUUUACCACACCCGCGCUACUCCAGCACGCGCAGCCGGGGCCUCAAGCUAUGUCUCACAGCCACCCUCCUCGGACCAUGCAGCACGCCCAUCUCCUUCCUGCGGCGCGGCACGAUCUUUGACGCGGCGUGUCCGCUGCUGGGCCGCGGCGGGUUCUGGGGCGUUGCUGAUUCCCAACGACGCCCGGUCAUGCUUGAUGCCGCCGAUGGUGGGAAGCGCUGCACACGAAUGCAUGCGCAAGGAAACGGCGAGGGGUUUUUGGGAUUCGAUGAGAACUUCACCACGCUGCACCCCUCCAUCCCACAAGUAUUCGAAAAACUCAUCCCGGCGUCCCUCCUCGUCGGGCUUUCCGCGGGCUCGUCGUAUACACUGUACUCGCGCCCCGACCGCGAGAAGAAGCGCCCCAGCACCGCGCGCUGCAAACUUGGAGGCCGAGAGGAGGUCGCAGAAAGCGCCUAUUGGCUCAACGGCGACGACGAGGAUGGUUGGGCGAAGCUCGAUGUUAGCCAUAUUGUGCGUGAUCGCGACUGGGAGGAAAUAUUGGUCGUCGUGAGUAAUUCGGCGAGAUUCGUGGUUGUUUAGAGAGCCGGGAGGGGAGGAGGGGGACGGAUGGGGUGGAUGGGGGGGGACGGGGAGG